AUGACCACCGCCGCUGGCUCGCCGCACCAUGCCCAUAACCACAGACGCAUCUUUAUAGGACCCCUCCCGGAGAAGGUCGUUACCCAGCAAGAACAGCUGCAAAGCCGAGCGAACAGUUUCGUGACCGAGGCCAUCAAACGCAAUGCAUUUCACUUGUUCAUCUCCAGAGGCGGUAGGCAGGAAGACUGGCGUGAAAGCGAUGAGCAAAGUAUCGUCAACGAGAUGAUGAGUCGCUGGCAGGACUCUGAAUGGGGUCGCUUUUGGCGACGCAGGAAGGAGAACAAGGAUGCGAAGGCGCAAGUUACACGCUGGGUUGGAGGCACCUUCGAAGUUGGCACCGUCGUUGAAGGGGUGAACUUGCUGCAGGUCCCCCCGAGUAUUACGGGCGACGGUACGCCUUCAUCACCCUUUGCCGACGAAGGAACGUUCAUUACUGCCCAUACGGACUUUUCGCCCGGAUAUUCCUUGGGUGCAUCAUCGGACAACCUCAAAUUACCCUCAGUUUUCAACCAAAACGCUAGCGAUAGUCCUAGCUCCAGUACAGCUCUAUUGCGACCAUCCUUGGGCCGCCGUCAAGACGCGCGACCCAGUAAAGCACAGAGCGAGCCACUUCGUCGACCUAUCAUCAAAUUGCCGUCCUCGUUUGGUGCGAGGAGCAGUACACACCAUCAUCUGAAACCCCUCCGCCUGAAUAAAGGCAAAGCGAAGGCCGUUCACUAUGCCGAUCUAGUCAGCUCCAGUGCUGAGCCCCCGCCGGCGCCACAGAGCGCAACGGAGGACACCAGUGCUGGUGUCACUGAUGGACCUGCGAAGGAGGAUGAAGUUGUCAUGAGCGAUAGGAUGCUUGUCCGGGUUGACUAUACACGGUUGGGUGUCGGUCCGACGUACGACGAAGUAGAGAACCGGACGGCGAGGCACCUCUCGCCAGAAGCGUUCAAAGAGUUCAUAGUAAUUUGGCGGCAUAACCGGAUAGAGUUGUACGAUAACUACCAUCUGCCGGGGAAAGCGUGGUUUACUGGCCACCAACACCUUGCCUUCCUCAUCCCUCUGGAGCCUUCGACGCAUCUCUCGCUGUAUUCGUUCGUCGAUAUGUCUUUCUGCCUAGCUUGCCAACCCACUUCUACAAGCGUCGCGUCGGGAGGGAAGUCCCGUUGGCCGUUUCGCAGGAGCAAGGACGGCCAAAACGUGUUUAUCUGCAAGCUAAAGAGCCGGUCGCGUGCAGCGGAUUGGAUGUGGCAAAUAUGGCGCCGUCUCGAUGGCAAGAUCCCGCCAAUGAUUGAGAUCCGUAAUCCUGUGAUGGACACCCGCGUGCGCGUGCAAGUACCGUCUAUUGAUAUGGAGAUGGCUUUCAAGACGUUCAGCCGUCAUAAUGUCAUCGAGCUAGUGAGGUCCGAGUUGAUGAAUGAACCACACUGGAGGCUCCUGAUCGAGAGCCAAUUGGACCAAGGCAAAUCCUUGGAAUUGGCAUGGCGAAACGGGACGACGUUAGAUUGGGUGUGGCUAGACAGUGAUGUCAACGGCAAGGAGAGGCCUUGGGAAGUCCUGUGCGGGCUUGCCUUCAACCAAUCUUCGCAGCUUUGUCGGUUGGAAAUUCGUCUAGGUGAACACAAGACUACGGCCAUUCGUUCAGCUAACGGCGAAAAAAUAACUGCCCCACCGUCCAUCGAAGGGUACCUCGAUCGUAUCAAGCCCAACACCGGUGCACGCGCGAAGGUGUACCUAGUGACACACGACGGAAGUCUAUUUUCCAUAGCGCCCUCGCGCGCCUACCCGCCAGCCCCGCCAGGGCUGCAAGGCGUCGGGGACUCGCUCAAAGAGACUGAGGUCAUACGCGGUGCUAUGCAGAUCAUGGCAGCCACUGGGGUGAUCGACGUGCGGAAUAUCCUUACUGUGCGCCAGGCCUUCCAGCCUACCCCGCUGCAUACCCAUACCGAAGUCGACGGAGGAACGCCAUCGAAUGACGAUUGGGCGAAUGUGUGGUCCCGUGAAGAAGAGCACGAUCAGAGCGAGGACGAGGACGCGGACGGGGGUGGCGACGAAGCGUUGAGCAGGGCGGUCGACAAGGGCAGACUGCGGAUGAAACGGUCCUUCGAAUUGCUGCUGAAGAACGAGCGCGUUAUCAGGUUCGAGGCAUACUCCCGCCGCUCAGCGAUGGAGUGGAUACGGGGCCUUCGCGCGCUCUUGUCAUAUUGGAGGCAGCGACAUCGACACGAUGCACUGGAGGAAAUGGAAAUCGCGCGAGCUAAUGACCCAAUGCCCAGCUUGAGCAUGACCUUCAACCGGUGCGUUCUCGAUGGCUGUAACUCGAUCAUUCGCGGUGGGAAGCUAUUUAUGCGCCGAGGCCUGUACGGCGAAUACAAAUUGGUCCAACUCUUCCUCGUCGCAGGCCACCUCGUGUGGUUCCGCGUGAAGGCUAACUCACAGCUCAAUCGCCGAGCGCGAAAGAAGAUCGGCCUGCUCGAUGCGUACGUCGGCUCCGGGUACUUUGCUGUGACGAUCCUUCCCAGGGGGCAAUACAAGGCCGAUACGUCGUUGCCUCGGCGAUACCAGGACGGUUUGGAAGCCGAUGAUCCAGAAGAAGAUACUAUCUUCGCAGUGUGGUAUCUUUCGACCACAGGCGACGCAUCAUACAAACCAGGAGAGAUCGGAACACAGGUCGAGGUCCCGGGUGCCGGGUCAGUACCCCCGCUAUCUGUCAAGAGGAAGGUCGCGGUGUUCAGGACGAGGAGCAAAAUCGAGAGGAACACAUGGUGUUGGGCUCUCAACUGUGAGAUCGAGAAACUCGUCAGGGCUCAAAAGGAUAGGGAGAGUAAGUUGAGGGGGGUCGCCGCAGUCGCACAGUCGUAA